CUCUUUCAUGACUCUUUCUCUCUCAUUUCUAUUUAAUUCUCUCAGAUUUUCAUCCACCAUCGCCUCCAUAUGAAAGAGAGAGAGAGAAGAGAAUGAGAGAGAUGGCAGGACUGAGUGUUGUGUUGGAAGCCCAAAAGGGUGGCGUUAGCAAGAAGACCCCACAGGUUAUCAACAAGACCAACGUGUUUCUCAGCAAGCCAUCUCCUUCUCUGCCUCCUUCCUCCCGUAAAAACCUCCAUUCUCCUUCCACCGGACCAACUUUUCUUGACCAAUGCUUUCUGUGCGACCAGAAACUCUUGCCCGGGAAAGAUAUCUACAUGUACAAAGGGGACAGGGCUUUUUGUAGCGUGGAGUGCCGGUGCAGGCAGAUUUUCCUGGACGAGGAAGAGAGUCUUCGCAAAGACCACUGUUCAUUGGCUGCCAUAAAACCCAUGGCCACUUCUUCGUCUUCUUCUUCGUCUUCUUCCUCUACGGCUCGUCAUCACCCAAAAGGGGCAAGAAACCGAGCGGGCGGGUUUGCGUACUGAGAGAAAGAGAGAGAUUGUGGAACUGAAUAUGGGGUUUUUCCCGGAACUGUAUUCUACUUUUUAACCUUGGUCCAUUUUGUAAUGACUGAUAUCCUCUGUCUUUUUGCUUGCUUCCUAGAAUGAAGCCAUAGAAGUCGUUUAACUUAUUUUCCCAUUUGCCCAUAAACAAUGGUGGAGAGAGAGAGAUAGAGAGAGAGAGAGAGAGGUGUAGGAUACAUACAUCUGUCAGUGCCCAUAGUUUGGUGGUUUCCCAUUUGCCCAUGAACAGUUGUGGAAAGGUAAAGCAUUUUUGUCGCA